AUGUCACAUAUUAUUCGCCCAAAGAGCAGGUUUGAACCACACCCGAAGGAAGGAUAUCAGCCAGCACGUGAGUUGGGCGAGGCCUACCUCGUCUCCCACCAAUCACCACCACUCAAGUUGACAAAUUCGGAGGCCCACGACCUAACACCUUCACAACUGAACGAACUUCGAGAAAUUUUCAACUGCUUCGACACAGAUGGAAAUGGGACAAUUAGCAGAGAGGAAUUUGCCAAAAUUCUAAACGUUGUCAGUUUAAAUCCGUCUGCGGUACAACUAAAACUACUUAUGAGUCAGGUAGACAUCAACGGUGACGGUCAAAUAGCAUUUGACGAAUUUGUUGAAUGUUUUGGCGCUAAAGAACUCACCUCCACACCCGAUGUUGCGACCUUGCAAGAGACUUUUCGUGUCUUCGAUAAGGACAACGAUGGGUACAUAACUCCCGACGAACUUCAAACUGUCCUAAGGCAAAUGGGUCUCGAAGUUUCUGGUAACCACUCCACUUUUCUGCUCAAUUUUGAUCCUUAG